AUCUUACAGCAGUACACACUUCGAUAAAAUACACACAAUGGUAGGCACAAAGCUAGUAGCGCUUGGCUAUGUUGUCCUCUUGAGCAUUGGACUGACCAAUGCUACAAGGGUGGCCAGAUACUCCACUGGAAGUGCCAAGGGAACGGGAGGAGGAGGAGGAGAGGGUGGGGGAGCUGUGAGUGGUGGUGGGUCGGGUGCAGGAAGUGGAAUUGGGUCUGGUGUGAGUUCUAGUAGUGGUAGCGAUGCAAGCGGAGGAGGUGGAGGUGGCGGCGGAGGCGGUGGCCAAAAUGGUGGAACUGGAUAUGGUAGCGGGUCUGGCUCCGGCUCUGGUUCUAGUCAAUAUAGUCAAGGAUCUUCAUAUCCUUAUGGUGGUGGAUAUGGUGGAUAUACUAGCGCAGGCGGUUCCGGUGGCGGCGGUGGUGGAGGGCAAGCUAGUGGUUAUCGAGGAUCUAGUGGAUAUGGGGCUGGUAGUGGCACUGGUUCCGGCUCUGCAACUGCUACCAACUAUUGGUAUAGACAAGGUAGUACAAACGUAGAUGCUGGUGGAAAUGGUGGUGGCGAUGGCGGAGGAAGAAAUGGUGGGAGUGGUGACAUCCCGUCCACGUCCUCACCGUCGUCGAUCGCCCGCGUCGAUCUCGUCACUGGCACCCCCGUGAACCUGACCUUGAAAGCGGCGCUCGACUCUGUUGUACCUCCUCGAGCUGAGGAAACUUUCCAUUGCCGUCCGAUUCGACAUGAUUAUGAUAUUGUGACGGUGGAUGAAAUAAUGGAGGGAUUUGAGGAGUUGGCACUUGACUACCCUACAGGUGAAGGGGAGAUUCAUUUGGAAAAUUCUCUAAGGUCUAUAUGUCUAGGAGUACAUCAAGCUCCCAAACUGGACGCCUUAGCAGACUGA